GAUAAAGCAAUUGCCAAAACAAAAAAUCACUUCGAUAGAAAGAGUGACUCGAAGAGUUAUGAGCCCAUGCAACAAAGGAGCUGUAAGAGGAGUAAGGAAAACGAAGAAUCCUCUGAAAACCAAGAUUUCAUCUAAAUUACCUCGAGUUUUGCUAACAAGGUCUGCAAAACUCUCUGAUAAUGGUUUAUCACACCUCUUCAAAGAAAAGAUCCCACAAAAGUUCAACUUGUUGAGGAAAAAAUGACAAAGGACAAAAUUGGAUUUUUCUAAAUUUGGGGUAUGCGAACAUUCAAAAAAAUAGAUGAAAUAUUCUGGUUUUUCCACUCGAAAUUUUUCCUAAUUGUUAACAAAUAGACUAUGAAUAUAAGUGACAUGAAGGCGACGAUAAAGAGCAUGAUCUCCUCAAAAAGAGGCAGAAGGACCAUCAGAAAUACCAAAGGAGGUGUCUGAAAGAAGAAUAGAAGAAGAGUCUUGUCAGUAAGAAAGUAUGACCAAGAAACCCUUCAGAUGUAUGACCACGAGAGCAAGCAAAUCACUGAUGUUCAUAAUAUGAUAAUCCAUCAUGUAAAUGAAAAGUUAAGGUUCAAAAAGCUUGUCAACGGAAGAUUCUUUUCGCCUCAGGUUUUGAGACAGAAAGCUUCUACUUUUCAAAGACAUUCUGACUUUGAGGCUCGAGUUUAGUACAAAGGAGGCAAAAUUAUAUCAAAGAAGAGAAAAAGACACCACAAACUAAAGACUGAA